AUGCCUGCAGAGACAAUCCUGUUUCACUUGGCAGUGGCAAAUCAGACCAUGUUCCUAACAAGAGGUGUUCCACAUUCACUGUAUGGCUAUGGAUUUAGAAAUCUCUUUGACCUUAAUGGCUGCAGACUCAUUGGCACCAUACACAGAGCCUCAAGGGCCAUGGCAAUCAGCUUAAUGUGCCUCCUUAGCUGCUUCCAGUGUGCAGUCAUUAGUACAGCUAACCUUUUGCUGAAGUAUUUAAAAGUAAAGUUGCACAAGCAUCUGGCACUUAUCAUUUUUUCCCUUUAUUUGAUAAACUCAGCUUCCAGUGUCACCACAGGGAUCUUCUCAGCUCCUGGAGGUAACACAUCACUUCUCAAAUAUGGAUUCAACUUUGGAUACUGUCUGGUGGUCUAUCCAGACCAGAUUACUUACCAAGUAAUAGGCUUUGGCACAGUGACUCGUGAUCUGAUAUUUGUAAUUCUUAUGAUAUUAGCCAGCACCUACAUUUUAUUGAUUCUCUACAAACACGGGAAACGUGUGAAAGGAAUAAGGAACUCUGAUCAAAGUUCUGCAAAGACUGCUGAAGGUCAAGCUACAAAAACAAUCCUCAGUUUAGUUAUUUUAUAUACUUUGUUUUUUGGGGCAGACAAUGUACUUUGGUUUUACCAAAUAGCAUCUACUGAACAGUCUGUAAAUUUCAUCACGGAUCUACGCCAUCUGCUUUCCAUGUGCUAUCCUGCAGUGUUUCCUUUCUUUGUUAUAGCCUUUAAUCCAAAAGAAAACGACCAGUCAGACUACCAGAUACAUUCUGCAAUGAAAGAAGACUCUGAAGUUAGCUGUGACAUAGUUGUAACAUUCAGACACACCAAACCUCUCACGUGGAGCGAUGCACGGCCAACCAAACUAUGCAAAUAA